AUGUCCACCAAGGAACGGGAACAGGCAAGGAAAGAGGUGGCUGUUCUUGCCCAACUAAAACACCCAAAUAUUGUUGCUUAUGUGGAAUCAUUUGAAGAGCGAGGGAGUCUGUAUAUAGUGAUGAAUUAUUGUUCUGGAGGUGAUCUGUAUGGUAGAAUCAAUGAAAGAAGGGGCCAGUUGUUUUCUGAAGAUCAGAUUUUAAAUUGGUUUGUGCAACUGUGCUUGGCCGUCAAACACAUUCACGACAGAAAGAUUUUACAUCGAGACAUCAAAUGCCAGAAUAUUUUCUUAACACAGAGCGGAACUGUGCAGUUGGGUGACUUUGGUAUUGCUAAAGUUCUCACAUCGACGGCCCAGCUGGCUCAUACGUGUAUUGGUACCCCAUACUAUCUGUCUCCGGAGAUUGUUGAAAACAUGCCGUACAACAACAAGAGUGACAUCUGGUCUAUAGGAUGUGUGCUGUACGAACUCACCACAUUAAAACAUGCAACGCAGCAGGGUAAUGGUGACAAGUGCAUUCUCAGGCUGUCAUCUCUGAUGGCAAGUUAUCCUCCGAUUUCACCUCAGUUCAGUUAUGACCUUCGAGGUUUGAUUGCCCAGCUGUUCAAGAGAAAUCCCAGGGACCGCCCCAGUGUCAACUCCAUCUUGAGAAAGAACUUUAUUAUGCAGAGAGUGCGAAAGUUGCUGUCUGCACAGGAUUUGGCAGAUGAAUUUAGUCACACCAUCAUGCAUGGUCACAAGAUUGCCAAAGCUCUCCCGCCUGCACCCAAACCUUCUGCAGAUCCUGCGAAAAUGGCAGCACCUGCUACUCCUCGACCAGGUUCUGCAGCCAGAAAAUAUGAUCCUGCGGCCGUCUAUGGUGUGCCACUGAACUCUUCAAAAAACAGAAUAUCAGGAGAGAAGAAGAGACCAAGUACUCCAGGCCGCCAGCUGCCCAUUCCUGGUCAAGCCGAAUGGGAGAAGAAAAUGAAAGAUAGGGUAGAAUUAGAGCAGAAAAGAAUAGAAUUGGAGCAGAAAAGAAGAGCUGAAUUGCAAAAACGAGAACAAGAGAUGAAUGAAAGAAGACUUAAAGACCAUGUUGAGAAACAGAAGAUAGCAAGAAUCAACAAGGCUCGGGAAGAAGGCUGGAGACACUUGGUCAGCCCAGCCCCUGGAUAUGAGGGGAACCGAACUCCUACCCCCAGCAACAAUCAGCAGUAUCCCCCUCGGCCAUUACCAGUUCCAAACCCAAAUCAGAAGAAUGACAGAGACAGAGGCAACUACGAUGCCUACAACGAGUAUUUACAGAAAAUGUACAAAGACAGACAGACCCCGCCCGCAGAUCCCCGACAAGCUGGUAACCCAAAUCAUGUGGAUGUGAUACACAUGGCAGCUCCCAGACUACAGCCGGCAGCUGGCCCACAGCCCUGGUCCCCCGCACCCAUACAGCACUUCAACAUAGGCCCCCUGGGUGUUGCUGUGCCGGCGGCCAUCGACCAAGCUGGCAGAGACAGGCAAAUGGGUGCCCAGGCUGCUCAGCGAGCUCGGGUGGUGGAGGAUUACAUUCAGCGUCAGAGACAAGCUGCCCUCAACAAGAUGAGAGCACAGCACGAUCUCUUCGGCGUGUAUCGGCCACCAUCUGCAGACCGCCGUACUCCAGUGCCAGCGCCAGGACGAGGCUCUAGUCCAAAAAAUCGAGGCGGAAAUGGUGGAGGUGGAUUGAUGGCAAGAAACAAGGAAGAACAGGAAUACCUGGAUAAGCUACGGCAGAUUCGCAUACAGAACAUGAGAGACCGUGGAGCCAUGCCUAGGGUAGCUCAUGCAGCAGACGAUGCAAGUAGGGGCAAG